AUGUCAGCAUACGUUUCUAAUCUACUUGUACUUCCAGAUGAAGUUCUACUGGAAAUAUAUAAAUAUUUGUUAAAUCCUCAUGUAUUAUAUUCCUUUUAUGGAGUAAAUAAACGUCUUAAUACAUCUAUAACAGAUUAUUAUCGUCAUAUACCAUUAACAGAUGUUACUUUUGAACAAUUUCAUUAUCUUUGUUGUGCUAUUUUACCAAAAAUAAAUUUACAUAUACAAUCAUUAUCAAUAAAUAAUUGUCGAUCUGUAUUACAGGGUAAAAUAUUUUCACAAUAUUUUUCUCAUCAAAUAUCACAAAUAUUUCCAAAUCUACAAAAAUUAACACUCGUUUGUUUUGCAAAUGAUGAAUUAGAGAGAUUUCUUCAAACAUUAAAUAAUCUUGAAACUCUCAAUCAAAUUGAAAUACGUGAUGUUCUUACUCCACAUGCAACAUUAUUUCAAUAUGUUGUUACAACAAAUAAUAAUCGUUUUACUACAAUAAAAUUUAAAACAAGUCAUUUAGAUAUACCAUUAAAUCCAUGUUUAAAUAUUCUUAAUUUAACUAUAACAAUACAAACAAUUGAAAAAUUAUCUCAUCUUCUAUUAAUUAUUCCAAAUAUUCGUCAAUUAAAUGUAAUCACUGAUGAUAUAAGUUUGUGUGAAUUAUCAUUUGAUCAUUUGUCACCGUUAAUUUAUCUCAAACAUUUUACUCUUCGUUGUUGUAAUCAUUUUUGGUUAUUAGAAGAAAUUACUAAAUUAUUUAAUAAGAUACCUUUUGUAGAAUAUUUAUCAUUAGAAUUAUCUUCACAAGAUUCCGGUUUUGUAAAUAGUGAACAAAAGAUGUUUGAUAAUCUACCAAAAUCUAUUCGACAAUUUCAUUUUUUAUUACGAUAUUAUUAUGAUAAUAUCGAAGAUAUUGAUUAUGAUGCAUUAUUAAAAUCUCCUUUUCCAAUUGUUUGUUUAAUUGAUGAAAAUAUCGAACAAGCUCUUUUACAUACAGUUCCAUAUCAAUUUCCAUUAUUAAAUAUAUCAUCUCCGAUGAUAAAACAAAUGUCUACGUGUGAUAAUUAUCGAAAUCUUGAUAAAUUUUUUGAUUAUUUAGGAAUGACUUUAACUGAAAUAUUUCCUAUUAUUACACGUUGUCGACGAAUAAAAGAAAUUGAUAUUCAAUAUGAUAGAGAAGAUGAAUUAUUAUCAGUUCAAGAGCCACAAAAACUUCCAACACUACCGCAUUUAUUUAAUUUAAAACGUAUUUGGUUAUUACAUCCAUCUAGAGAAUAUCAAUCAUUUAAGUCGAUUCUUCAAAUAGCACCCAAUCUAUCGGAAUUAUUUAUUGCAUUUGAUAAUCUUCUGCCAAUGUUCAGUGAUAAUGAUCUAUGUCAAUUACUAGGAGAACAUAUUACUCAUAUACUUAUUUUACGAACAACUGCAGCAACACCAACAGUAAUAACUGAACAAUAUAUACCAAAUUUAUUUAGUAUAUUUCAACGUCUUCGUCAUCUACAAAUCGAUGUUACUAAUGGACCAUUAAUAGAAUCCAUUGUUCUAUCAGUUGUAAAUAUAGUUAAACAAUAUUCACAACUGAUAUCACUAGUUGUUGAAGGACAAUCAUCAUGUGAUGAAUUAAAAUUAAAUGCACGUCAAUGGUUAGUUGCUAAUACUCAUUUAACAAUCAAUGAAAAUUUUGAUGCUGAAUAUAAAGAACAAACUAAUCGAUUUUUAUUAUGGAUGUAA